UCAGAGAGAUUCGGAGACAUUUGCAGAAGAAAUUGGAAGAGAAAGAAGAAGAAGAAGAAGAAGAUGUUGAGAACUCGACUUCUUUGGUUUACGCUUGGGUUUUCCGUCAGCGGAGGUUCCAUUGCUCAUCUCGUGUGGCGUAAUCUCUAUGCAGAACGUUUCGCUAUUACUUCUGAUAUGAAGGAGAAAUUCAAUGCUCUGGAAGGUAGAGUUUCGGGUUUGGAGUCGUCUGGUGGUUAUGAGAAUCCGACUCCAGCUCAGGCUGAGAGUUGAAGACUCUUGGAAACGACUUACCUUUUGACCCUCGAGAUUUGUUCUGCAAGCUACGAGCAAGACUUACAUUUGUGUUACUAAACAUUCGGCUUCAUUUAUUACAAGAAAUGGUUUAGUAGUUUUGUUUCAUUGUAAGAAGAGGUUUGUAUGAGAAAUGCAUCACGGAUGUGCGCUUCUACCUUCUAAUCUCAAACCCUUUCAGCAUAAAA